AUGCCACACAAGAUCGGUUUCACGGUGGUCAGUUCGUCGGGACACGAGGAUGGGUUCAGUGCUCGGGAGCUGAUGGUUCAUGCGCCGACAGUGAACGGGUGGCGAUCGCCCAGGCUCUGUCAGUACCCCCAGGAAAUCAUCCUGCAGUUGGUGGAGAGGUGUCGGAUCCGAAAGCUGCAGCUGCUCGCUCACCAGUACAUGAUUGCAAGCAAAAUUGAGUUCUACAUCAGUGAAAGUCUGCCUGAGUACUUUGCUCCAUAUCAGUCAGAGAGGUUUCAGAGACUUGGUUAUGUCCCUCUCUCAGACAAUGAGAAGACUGAUUUCAGAGCUCGAGAGUUGAAAUCUGUAUACAUGGAUGCAGUUGGCCAGUACCUGAAGCUGAUUUUCCAUAAAAAUUAUGCCAAUAAAUACAACUUGUAUGGACAGGUUGCCCUGGUGGCUGUGAACAUUAUUGGGGAACCAGCAGACUAUGGCAAUGACAGCUUGAGCAGUCCUUCCAGAGAUAAGCUGAUAGAUCACUACUUGGGAAUUAAAUUGGAUGACCCUGCCUUAGAUGGAACUUACCUUGGGAAACGGGACUCCAUUUCACCUCUGGAUGAUUUGGCGUUUGACAUGUACCAGGACCCAGAAGUGGCUCAGAUAAUCCGGAGGCUGGAUGAGAAGAAGAGGGAAGCUGUGCGUCUCGAGUGCUACGACCAUGCCAAGAAGCUCAAACAGGCCAUUGCAGAUUUGCAGAAGGUGGGUGAGCGACUCGGCCGGUACGAGGUAGAGAAGCGUUAUGCGGUAGAGAAGGAGGAUUAUGACCUUGCCAAGAAAAAGAAGGAGCAGAUGGAUGAGUACAGGCUGAAGGUGUACCAGCAACUGGACCUGCAUGACCUCCUGGAUGCACAGCUGCUGAUCCAAAAGCCACCCGAAUUGCCUUUGAGAUCUGUGAGUGGCACUGAGAGUCCCCAGAGCUCCCCUCCUGAGCCCACAGACCCACCCCAAGAGGAGCCCUGGAGGGCAGAGCCUGUGCUGGAGGAGCAGUUGGUGGAUCCUGCUUCUUCUGAGCCUGUUGUUCCCUACCAGUCCCUUCUUUCUCCUCGGACUCAGCCCACAACCUCCAAGGAAGCAUUUUCCAAGGAAAAUGUUGAAUUUUUACCUUAUGAUGAGAGACCUCUCCCAGCCAUCUGCAAGCAGGUGGAUGAAGCUGUUGCCUACCUUGAGCCAGAGGUGACUGAAGAGGACAUGGGUGAUACUCCAAGGACUGGCAAUACUGGGGAGCCCAAACCACUCACGGAGAAGGCACUGAGGGAAGCCAGCCCUGUUGUGGAAGUUUUUGGAGAGACUUUGGUUUCAGGAGCAUAUUCCAGAACGUGGUCGUGUCGAGAAGACGCUUUACUCACUGUGUACAAGAAGCUGAUGGAAAUAUCUGUGGACACUCCAAAGGAGGAUUUAAGGAACAUGCUGAGGGCUGCUGUUUUCCUUGUCAGGAGGGCCAUCAAAGACACUGUAUCUUCAGUUUUUCAGGCUUCCCUGAAACUUCUAAAAAUGGUCAUUACCCAAUAUAUACCAAAACACAAACUAGGGAAGCUAGAAACUUCACAUUGUGUGGAAAAAACCCUGCCAGAUUUGCUUUCUAGAACAGGAGACUCUUCAUCCCGUCUUCGUCUUCUGGCUUCAACCUUUAUCCGGGAAAUGGCAUUAUGCCCUGAAGUAAAGCCUCUCCAGAUUAUCCCAGUCCACCUGGUUAAAACAUUAAAACCAAACUCCCCAACACACCUGGCAAUGAGUCACGUGGAAUUGGUGGAAUCUCUCUUGGGAGCCAUGGGGACUGAAAACUCUGGGUUUACCAUCAACAAUGUCAUGAAGUUUGCCACGGGAGCUCUGGAGCACAGGGCUCAUGAAGUGCGAGAGGUGGUGCUGCGGAUCAUCUUUGCCAUGUACAGGGAGCACAGGGCAGCUGUGCUGGAAUAUCUCCCAACCGACGACGCCGGCGCCCGCAAGACCGUGCGCUACAAAACGCUCUUUGAGGGAUUUGCCAAAAUCGAUGGGAAAUCUUCUGAAACUGAGCUGAGGGCACAGAGAAAAGCAGCAACAGAAGCCGAGAAACAGACAGAGGAAGAAAUGAAAGUUCUAAAAGAUCGCCCAGCAGCUCUAAAGUUAGAGUUACAAGCAGAAGUUGAAGCUGAAGAGGAGAAAGAAUCUGAUUUUGAGAAGGCAAAGAAUCAAGGUUACCAGGUAUACGAAAGCCCCCAGUCCACAGCAGCAAAGAUUCAGGAGGAACUUUCCUCUGUUGCAAAUUACCUGGAUAACUUGUGUAUUUUUUGUGGUGAAAGGAGCGAGUCCUUCACUGAGGAAGGGUUGGAUCUGCAUUACUGGAAGCAUUGCCCCAUGUUAACCCGAUGUGAGCACUGCAAACAGAUGCUGGAGAUUGCCAGCCUGACAGAGCACCUGCUGACUGACUGUGACCAAAGGGACAGCUUUGGGAAGUGCCCACGGUGCAGAGAGGCUGUGCCCAGGGAUGAGCUGCCCAAACACAUAAAGAGCAGGAUUUGCAAUCCUGCCAAACCAGAAAACGUGGCAAACCACUGCCCUUUGUGCCAUGAGAACUUUCCCCCUGGAGAAGAGGCCUGGAGAUCUCACCUGAUGGACAAAGAUGGCUGUAAAAUGAACCAGCGGAGGACAUCCCCCAUGAGCAAAACCAUUGUGGUGCAUCCUGCCAAAGUAGGUGGCCACUAUUUAAGGAAGCCAGGUCCUUCAGGAGCAAAGUUUCAACCUCCUUCAGUAGGAAGCAAGAUCAGAACCCGAGGGGGCCCAAAUAAAAGCACUGGCAAAACAUACUCAAAGCGAUGA